GAGGAGCCUCACUGUGACUGUGUUCAGCAGCAGACGGCGGCCCUUCAUCUUCCUCAUCUCCUCCCUUUAUUUCCAGUCCGCCUCUUUUCCUUUUUCUGUUUUUCUUUUUUCUUUCUACCUCACUCGCCUUUUCUUAUUUUAUUUUAGCAGCAGUCGCCUCGAAGAAAUGUCCGCCAGACCGGGAUUUUACCGGCAGGAGCUGAACAAGACGGUGUGGGAGGUUCCGGAGCGGUACCAGAACCUGACGCCGGUGGGCUCCGGAGCUUACGGCUCGGUGUGCUCAGCGUACGAUGUGGUCUUGAGGCAGAAGGUGGCGGUGAAGAAGCUGUCCAGGCCCUUCCAGUCUCUGAUCCACAGCCGCCGCUCGUACCGGGAACUCAGGCUGCUCAAGCACAUGAAACACGAGAAUGUAAUAGGGCUCCUGGACGUCUUCACACCUGCCGCGACGCUAGAAGACUUCAAUGAGCUCUACCUGGUGACUAACCUGAUGGGCGCGGACCUCAAUAACAUCGUCAAAUUUCAGAGGUUGUCAGACGAGCACGUGCAGUUCUUAAUUUACCAGCUCCUCCGUGGCCUCAAGUACAUCCAUUCAGCUGGAUUGAUCCACAGGGACCUCAAGCCAAGUAAUGUGGCAGUAAAUGAGGACUGCGAGUUAAGGAUCCUUGACUUUGGAUUAGCCAGACAAACAGAUGAUGAGAUGACAGGAUACGUGGCGACUCGGUGGUAUCGAGCGCCAGAGAUCAUGCUGAACUGGAUGCACUAUAAUCAGAAUGUUGAUAUCUGGUCAGUGGGAUGCAUUAUGGGAGAGCUGCUGAAGGGAAAAGUCCUUUUUCCUGGCACUGACUAUAUUGACCAGCUGAAAAGAAUCAUGGAGGUGGUUGGGACUCCGACACCCGACCUGCUGAAGAAGAUCUGCUCUGAACAUGCGCAGAAGUACAUCCAAUCUCUGCCCUUCAUGCCCCAGCAAGACCUGGAAAAGAUCUUUAGAGGAGCGAAUCCACUAGCUGUUGAUCUAUUGAAGCGAAUGCUGGUUCUGGACUGUGAUGGGAGGAUCUCGGCCAGUGAGGCUCUGUCCCAUCCCUACUUCUCACAGUAUCAUGAUCCAGAUGAUGAGCCAGAGGCACCGCCUUAUGACCAAACACUGGAGAGCAAAGACCGAACUCUAGAGGAAUGGAAAGAGUUGGUAUUCGAAGAGGUGAGCAGCUUCAAAGCACCUGGCAGCAAGACUGACAGCCUUCAGGUGGAGCAGUAAACCUCCUGGUGGAGCAGUAAACCUCCUGCUCUGCUUCAUCUGCCUGAAGAAGGACCAAUAAAUGAGAGGAAGACUGUGGAGAAGCAACUGAAGGAAGUGUCUGAGUUUAUCUGAGCAGGAAGGUGGGAUGGUCUCCAUGGGAUCGGAUGCACACGUUUCAAUUACAGGGAGCAUUUAAGAGUCAAAUAAAAGGAUCUCUCCAGUGGGGAAAGUUACCUCCUUUUAUGUUUCUGCUCACUGAGGGUAAAAUGAGGAACCAUCGGGGAUCGAAGAGGGUGUGAGGAUUCAUACGAGGGAGCAACUUUACGCAACUGUUUACAGACUGACAGAAGGGUAUUCAAAGAAAGGAAAAAAAUGCACACUAGGAUUUCCAAAGCAACGACAGGAACGCUGUCUCAUCCCUCAUCCAGACGAAUGCCGUGAUGCUUUCAUUUAUGGAAUUCAUGUUUAAAGGCUUGCAACAAUGUCAUUUCACGUCACAGAAGAGCUUCGCAUUUAGCCUGCAUACUAAUGAUGCAUGAUUUCUGUGCAUUUUAUUGUUACAGCAUAUUACUGGCACUGUAUAUUAACCAUUAAGACUGCUCACUGAGUCUGGCACCAAUCUGAGGGUGUGAAAGAGGCAUCACCAAGAAAUGUGAUCAACCUGUUCUGUCUUUAUAUUUUCCAUUAAAACUAGCUACUGUUCUUCCAUGGAUGAAACUCAUCCUCUCCUGCUUACAGAAUCGUAAACACCAACUGUGCUAUUAAUUAGCAAGCAAUUAAUAUACGCCAAAGCUGGAACAGAGUAACUGCGCUGCAGGUCUGUGUUUACAGUGCGACCUCGCUUCUCAUAUACUGCUGAUGGCUGAUUGCGGAUCUCCGGUUUGGCUUUGGCGCUGCUCCAUCGGGUUUCUUUGCUGUGUCUUUCUAUAGCUCCCACUUUGUGUUUACAGCAAUUACAGACAUUUUGUGAACUCUCAGAAAUGAUCCCCCCCAGUAGCUGUGCAACAAUGCCGGGUAAAAAUCUGUUAUACAACUUGUAGCUCCGGCCAAGCAGUGCCCAGCAGGUCAAACACCACCCAGGCAGAUGAUUCACUUUGAGCAGCAAUGUUUUGCUGCUUGCAGCAACCAAGGAGUUCAUUCGUCAUCUUUCAUGUUAUUUUUUUAGUUUAUUAUAAUGAAAAACUAUCCAGACUGCACAUAUUCAUUACUGAGCACAGUAUUACAGCAACUGGCCAUGUGCUUUAUCUCAAAUGUGCAUAUUCCAGCUGCAGUUUAUAGCUUAGUGCAACAUUAUUAUACCCCGAAUCAUGUUACAUAACACCCCGAGAAGUACGAACUCAAUGCAAAUGCUGAUCAUUGCGUCAAAUGGCUGACUUCCCCACUGAUGUGUCAUUCAUUUUGCUGCAGACUGGAGUUUUUAGUUCCAUAGACUUUUUGCUGAGGUAGAAAUAAUCUGGUUGUGUUAAACCUCCGUGUGCAGAGCCAACAAACCAGGGUGAUACUGAAGGUCAAUGAAAAUGUUAAAACUACUGUAACACUGACGUAUGUUAGUGUUGACUAUUACUAUUGCUAGCACAGAGGCCAUUUUAGCCUCAGAAAAUGUGUAUUUUUAGUCAAUGUCCACACCAAAAUCUAUCAAAUGCAGUUGUAGUCACCAAACAGCCAAAGUAAACUUAAAGAUAAGUUCACUGUAUGCCGCAUCCCUCUACUCAAACUCAACUAGUUCCUAAUUUACGAGGUGUAAAUAACAUAUAUUGUAUAAAACCGACAUUCCUCCCAACUUUAAAACCAAAAACAAGGCUGCAAUAAGUGAUUCAAAGUCUUCUGUUACUUAAUGAGGGCAGUUUAUUAACUGGGCAGAAAUGGAAAAUGGGUGGCACUGUGUAGGGGAACAAAUCUGGGAUUUAGAGAACAUAGUUGAAUUAUACUGAGAAGUUUUUCUGUGAUAAAACAUACAGAUACAUCUGGUUUAUAUUUCGUAUAUUACUGUUGCAGAUGUAUUUUAAAUGUUAUCUGUAUUCUGUCUGGAUACAACUUGGAUAUAAAACCAGUGGCAGAAAAUAUUCAAGUACAAUUUUGAGUUAUACCACUUGUACCUUACUUGAGUGUUUCUGUGUUCUGCUACUUUACAGUCAACUACAUGUGGCAAAUAAUGUAUUUUUGCUGUACUAGAUUUAUUCACCGAUUUUAGUUCCUUUGUAGAUGUAGCUAAAUAACACCAUCUACAAUCUACAAAAAUAUGAUGGUAUCAUAUUACAGACUAAGAUAAAUCUUUAUUGAUCCCUGAGAGGAAAUUCACAAGCUACCUAGCAGAUAAACAAUAUAAAGUAUAGAUGACCUUUAUCAACUCCAAGAAAUACAGUGAUAAGCACACUAAUGACCAAUAACCAAUAACAUGACAAAAUAAACUAUAUUUUUAAAUAAGGCAUUCUGCAAGAUGACUACUUUUGGUUAUUUAAGUAAAGUUUGAUGCUAAUACUUUGGUACUUUUACAUAAGUAAAGAUUUAAUGCAAAGCUAUAACUUGUAGACUGUAGUGUUGGUACUUUUGCGCGUGUGCAACAUCUGUGUUCUUCUUCCAACUCCAUGUAAAGUAGAUAAUAAACUUUCAACUUAUUAGUUCCCCAAAUUGACCCUCAAAUGUCAAGUAAGUAGUGCACUUGGUUAGCUAAAGUGCUACAGUGUAGCUUAGACAUUAGCCAAGCUAGCUAGCAAGGCUAAACUUUAGCAAGGUUUAAAUCAGCUGUAGUACUACUACAGCAGUAUGAGUACAGAAUAGAGUGUACACAUUAUUAAGCUAAUUUGAAGUUUAAUGCUGCAGAUAUAAGCAGUAAAGUUCAGUAUUCGGAGUAUUUUGGGUGAUAAACCGCUGCUGCUAGCUAUGCUGACCUGUGAUCUGUGGCUCAAGUUUAACUCAACCAGUCAGAAUAUUUCUGCCUCACAGAAACAUUAGCACAACUAACACUUCAAUUUACAAUUUAGGAAUCAUUUUUAAUGGAGCACAGGUGAGGAAAUUUACUCUUUUCCGUAUUGGAUCACACUGGAGUGCUACAUGUAGCCUGCUGUGCAAGUUGUUCACUAACACUGGAUGCAAACUGUUGAUUUUACAGUCCUAAUGAAUCUAAACAGUGUGUCUCAGUCAAAGCGUAUUCGAGCUCUGAAUGUUAACGUGUUCUGUGCUUCUGUGGAUGUUGUACACGUGGUGGAUUUGAAUAGCAACUGCAAACUGAAUGUAUAUGUAUACUGUACGUAUGUAUGUUACAAGUUAGAGGUGACCUUUGAAUACAUGGUGGCAUGUGAUUCAGCCGUAGCCGUUUUCAAUUCACUAAAAAUGAAUGUCAGCUCUCACUCUGCAAAUGAUCCAGAUGAUUUUCUCAUUUCUCAGCAGGUAACAUGACUUGGCAAGUUUUGGCUUCAACAGAAUAAACACCAUCGUUUCUGUUUGCCACCA